AUGGGCCUACUGACUUGGACAGAAAAACAAGAUCUAAUACGCGCCGAGAGAGAAAGGAGGCGUUUGAUUCGUUUACAACAGGUUCGCAUGCUAUCUCGUGAAGCAGCCGCCACAAUUAGAAAUCGUGUCAUGAAAACGAAGGACCAGGAAUUGCAACAAAUUCGCGUGGAAUUGACAAACGCAAUUCGAGUAAAAACACCACAAGUACUGGAACAAAGACUAUCUCAACGAAUUGCAAACAACAAAAAAUCACCAGCAUCGAAUUCUAUUUGUCCACGAAAGAUUCGAAACAGAUCGCUCUCGGCUCAAGAUUGUGAAAAAGCUGUGCAAAGAGAACAAGCAGCUCUAAAAACUCAACGAGCACAUAAAGCGGAUACAGCCAGAGAAAAUGCGGAAGCAAUUUUACGAAGAAAAAGAGCUCGAGAUUUUGCGAGUGCAGAGACCCGGGAGCUUUCUUCUGGUCAACAACGACGCUCAAAUUCUAAU